AUGGAUGGGGAUAGAAAUGUGUCCUGUCCUCACAGCUCAGACCUGGGAAGAGACUUGGGAAACACAGGUGUGCUCCUGGGCUUGCUCCUGGUGUCCUUCGUCAUCCUCGUGGCCCUCAUCACCGUGCUGUCUGGCAUUGGCGUCGCAGAGCAUGGCGGGAUAGGCAGUGGUGGCGUCUACUCCAUGAUCUCCUCAGUCCUUGGUGGGCAGAUGGGAGGCACUGUUGGGCUGUUGUAUGUGUUUGGACAGUGUGUUGCAGGUGCCAUGUACAUCACUGGCUUCGCUGAGUCCAUCUCAGAUCUGCUGGGCCUUGGGAACAUCUGGGCUGUUCGAGGAAUUUCGGUUGUUGUACUUCUGGCUUUGCUGGGCAUCAACCUAGCUGGUGUCAAGUGGAUAAUCCGCCUCCAACUGCUGCUGCUGUUCCUGCUGGCUGUCUCAACCCUGGAUUUCGUGGUUGGCUCUUUCACCCACCUGGACCCAGGCUCCCCCCAGAGAGGCGCCGGCCUUCCUGUUUUGGCAGCGGCUCUCAGGUAUUCCGUCUGCACAAGCUCAGCUGGCAAGGGAUCUCACAAUGCCUUCACAGAGGGCCAGCCCUGGGUGGAGUCCGGCUACAAGUUCAGUCAGACCUUCUUAGGCAGAAGGAAGGAAGACGGGUUACAGCUGUGGCUUUGA